AUGAGCCCAGCAACUGUUCCUGCAGGGUUAAUUGUUAAUGCCAAACAGAAGUACUAUCCAAUCGAACUAUCAAAUGCUGAAUUACUUGCACAUUAUGAGACAGUGCAAGAUUAUCAUCAUGAGAUUUCAGAAAAUGUGUUGGAACACUCGUCGAGAGUCAAACCUGACCCUAAACUAAUUGACCAGCAACCAGAGAUGAACCCUAUACAAACCAGGAGUAUUAUAGUCAGCUUCGCUUUUGAAUUAUCUUUAAAGACCAGAGUUACGAACGGUAUUUUCUUUCAUACAAUUAGGCUCUAUGACCGCUACUGUUCCAAACGUGUCGUCCUGCGAGACCAGUCCAAGCUAGUCAUCGGGACCUGUUUGUGGCUAGCGGCAAAAACAUGGGGAGGCUGUAAUCAUAUUAUAAACAACGUUGUUGUUCCCACCGGUGGAAGAUUUUAUGGACCCAAUCCGAGAGCCCGUAUUCCAAGGCUAUCGGAACUGGUCCACUACUGCGGUGGCUCUCAUCUCUUCGACGAGUCUAUGUUUGCUCAAAUGGAGAGGAACAUUCUUGAUACACUCUCAUGGGAUAUUUACGAACCAAUGAUAAAUGAUUACGUUCUCAAUGUUGAUGAAAAUUGUUUAAUACAAUAUGAGCUUUAUAAAAAGCAGUUGGAACACAGCAGGAGGUAUGCGACAAGCAAGAGGGACUCCCAGGAUAGCGCAGCCACUGAAGACGAUCUUUCGGAGGAAGACCAGGACUUGAAUGCGAAGAUACAACUAAUCAACAUCAAAACAUUCCUGAUCGACCUCUCUGUAUGGCAAUACGAUUUGCUGAAAUACGAGGUCUUCGAGGCUUCCCACGGCAUUUUUUCCAUUAUUAAUGAGUUAAUGCAGCAGGACUUAGCACCUGUUCUGCUAACUCCUAUCCCAACCCCAUCGCACGAGGCCGCUGUCCUAAACAUCUUUGUCAACGCUGUCAUCGACUGCCCACCUGAAUUACUAGAUGCAUACCAAAAUAAGUUGGGCGUCCUACAAUUUGUGGCACAGGUCAAAGACUACCACCUUGCACUACACAAGAAGCUCCAAUUGGCAGCAGCCAUGGACCUAUCCAAGAGCUCUACUUUUUACGAACCGCCUUCAAUACCGUCACCCACAUAUUCUCAGCGCUCGAACUGCACACCGCUCCGGACAACAAGCAACUCAGAAAACAGUGUUUUCAGCUCUGUUUCUAACCAGCAGUCUCCACUAACGCCCCAAAUAUACUCUUUCUGCGUUCCAAAACAGAAUAGCGUGGGCGGCAGCACUACUAGCGUCAACAGCAUCUCCAAAGUAGCGAGAGAUAGAGACGGAUGUGAGGUCAGCGUUAUUGGCGCGGAAGAUAAAGAGAACCACGAUCCUGUACCACAUAGGGUAAAGUUCCCCGGUCAUAAUAAUUUUUAUGGCGUAACAGAUGACGAAUCUAAUAUCUGCAAUAGCAAUAGAUCUUCACUUGUAUCUCUUGCCUUAGGCAAUAUGAAUUCGUUGGUAUAG